GAGGACAAUAACUAAGAAAGGAACCGGCGGAGGGGCGGCGGAUGGCGGGACGGAGGGGGAGGGAUAAGGAACGAGGGCGAGGGACGGAGAGCUAUAUACCCCGAGAGGGAUAUGCAGCAUCAGACGCUGCCUCGUGUGUGUGACGGGACGGGGUAACGGGUGACUGGGCGUGACGCGCCGCGGAAAAUGCUUCCGGCGUGACAUGAAAUGGUUCCGCGCAGAGGGCGUUCUCACUCUCUGCCCUGGCCUGCUCGCACUCCCCAUCAGCCGACAGCGUCUCCUCCGCUGUGCCAAUAUUCCCCCACACGCCCACCUUCAUUUCUCCGUCUGCCGGCCCACCGGUGGCCCAUCUUCUCCCAAUGCCUCCGCAAAGCAUAUCACCACCACCCUUCGCCCGGAUAUGCCGCUUCUCGGUCCACUCCGCGAAGUUUUACCUCGAACGCUGAUCGUGGUGCUCGCCGCCCGUUCACUCAUCACACACCGCUCGCCCCGAUGGACACUAACCCCACCAGCUGUAGGAUCCGGGUGCGCACGGAUGCGCCGCCAUCCUCGCCCUCUCGCCUUGUCGGGGACCGCGCGCAAUUACCUUUAUUUUACGUACCCAGUCCCCGUACCGCCCCUCCAUCGAUCGCUGCUACCUUAUCUUCAUAUCACCGCUUCCCUCCUCCCGCAAAGGCAGGCAAGGGCGUCGUGCCUCUAUUCCGAACCCUCCCAGCCGCCCUUUCCCCAGGUGCGCCCAUCUGCUCAGGUCAGCCAGACAUCUCAGCGCUAUCCCUUCUCAGGCGACCGCACCUGCGCUGCCGAGCCAUCGGCCAAUCCUAUCCACCCAUCCCCUCUUUAGCGACGCCUCAUGGCCGCGAGCCAGCCCAGCGUUCACAUCGUUGUUUUCAUUUCCCUUUUGCCGGGCUGCGUCCCACUCCUCUUCUUUCGCCCUUCAUUUGGCAGCUUCAUCUGGCUCUCCCGUUCCCUUCCAGACGCUCUUCCUUCGUUGUUCCGAUCAAUUCCUCCAUGUGCAUCUGUCCAGUGCCUCUUCUUCUCGACAAGAAUAAUACAAUACGGCAGGAAAGGAAUAUUCGUCUCUUCCUAUGUCAUUAUCCUUUCACAUCGGACGGACCCAAGUUACGGAGCGUUCACGAUAGUUGCUGUCGUAACUCCGCGUCACUUGACGACCCAGGCUGAGCAGUAACGUUAUAUUUAUUGUCCAGCGGGCGCCCCGCUCUCGCAGAGCGCGCGCUCAGAACAACAGAAAGCAGACCGGAAGCAUAGAAGUAUCGCUAGGCACAGAACGUCAUAAGUGGUCGUCACAUAGCAAUAAGUCAGGCGUAAAGGGUCGUAAGUCGUGACGGGUCGUGACAAGCA